CUGAUCUACCUCCCACGUCCACUCCGUUCUCAAAUGUUGAUUGGCAAUGGAAUCUCUUUCCAUCAUUUCACCACGUUCCCCACGCGAACUAUUUCUUUCUUCACAAAUGACAUGUAUAAUACUUCUACUUUACAUGUGGUCGUCAUGCAUUCGUUUUGCUGUGUCGUCAUCUGUCGCGUUAGUGUUUGUAAAUAUGGCGUCCAAGGAGAGACCUGAAGAUCACAGAAGAAAGUGGGAUAGAGAUGAAUAUGAAAGACUUGCUGCAACCAGAAUUCAAGAAGAAUUGGAAGCUCAAGAAAAAGCUAAACAGAAACAACCCCCUGUUAAGCGAGAAUUAUUGCGACAAAGAGAUUAUCGUGUUGAUUUAGAAUCCAAAUUAGGAAAGAGUGUUGUGAUAACCAAAAACACCCCCUCUUCACAGACAGGCGGCUAUUACUGCAAUGUUUGUGACUGUGUUGUUAAAGAUUCCAUCAAUUUUCUUGAUCACAUCAAUGGAAAAAAACAUCAGCGGAAUUUGGGUAUGUCAAUGAGAGUUGAGAGAUCUUCUUUGGACCAAGUUAAAAAACGUUUUGAAGUGAACAAAAAGAAACUUGAAGAAAAGAAGAAGGAUUAUGACAUUGAACAAAGAAUGAAAGAAUUACGAGAAGAGGAGGAGAAAUUGAAAGAAUAUCGUAAAGAGAAGAGGAAAGAACGAAAACGGAAACUUGAAGAUGAUCCAGAACCCCAAGAACAAGAAUCAGAACUAGCAUCUAUAAUGGGAUUUUCUGGUUUUGGUUCAUCAAAAAAGUGAAAUUGUGUUGGGAAAUCAGUUAUGCAAAACUUGGACUUCAUGUUUUUCCUUUCUUUUAGUCAAAACAAUUUAUUUCUUUACACAAAAACUAUCAAUAUUGAACAAGUGAUAAGAAAUAGAUUUUUUUAAAUCUGGAAAUGUUUGCAUUUGAAAACAAAAUUAUUUUUUUCUUGUAAUGUCAAAUGAUUUUAUAUUUAAAUACCUAACUAUGUCAAUGAGUUACAGAUAUGUUAUGUCAAUUGUAAAAAAUCUAUUAAGAAUAAAGAGCACAAAAAAGGAGUUUUUCAAAUUCAAAUAAGAUAUUCAUAUUACAUUAUUGUAAAACUAAUGUGUAUUUCAGAAGAAAAAUAUUUAUGUACAAUUAGAUUUAAAAAUUAUGUUGAUAAUAUUAUGCCUCAUCUCAAAUCGUAUGAUUUUUUGCCUUUAUCUUUUUCACCUCUGUAAUUUCUGUUUUUUAUCUUUCAGUUAUUUGAAAUGACUUUUUUUUUUUUAAAUUUUCUUAUUGAAUAAAUAUUCUUGUCAAUAA